AUGGAGCAAGUGCACAAGGACAAGCUGAGAGAGUUCGUGGCUCGUAGCAGCGGAUCUAAAGGCGAAGGACUACUGACAGAGAUGAACAAGCUCAUGGACUACCUGUUCGAGCACAACUUGGCGUACCGCACAACUGUGCGGUGCAGUGUGGUGUGGGUCCACCCCCAAAACAGGGACGGUAUGGGCGUCUCCUGCCAUCAUGUUGCCGAUUUGAUUAAGAGCAUCCAUGCUCUGGGGUUCGACCCAAGCAAAGUCAACAUGCUUCUGGUCGAGAUGUUGCCAGGCACCCCAGAAACUGCAAAGGCGAUACAGUUCAAUGACAGGAUGGCUAUGGUAUCCAGUGGCCGUCUCCCAUCAGUUGCAUGUGGUGGCCCUUUGCGGUACUGCACAAUACAAGGUUCACAUACCAAUAUGGCGUGCAGGUCGCUCCUCUAUGGUGCUGCCAGUGAUGAUCCAGCUUUGACCGACUCCUCAGGCAAAUUAUCGAUAGACCGCAUUGGAAGCCAGUGGGCAGCAGCCAUCAAGAAUGGCAUGGAAUGCACAGUUUUGACCAGCGCUGUUGCCACAGCCAACCCUGACAUCAUCAGUUUGCUGCAGGCUUCGGGCAAUGCAGUCCAGCAAAUCAGCAAGGAGGAAGAUGAGAUCCAAGUCAGCAACCGGAUCAUCCAAACCAUCAACUCCUACCAGAGCUUGCAUGGAAAGACGCCUUUGUGGUCAGACAUUAGCAACCAAGUUUUGAGGAGCCAACCGAAAUGCAAAGAGGCUGCCCCAAGCAUCUUCUUGUUCUCUUUGAAAUAUUCAGCAGGGGAUGCCUUUUGGACAGAGACCGAAUCAUAUAUUCGUGCUCAUGGGCUUUCUCGAAAUCUGGGAUUGGAGACAUGGACAAACUUGUCUACAGACCUGAAGGGUGAUGCCAGGGUUUGGUAUCGACACAUGCUGCUGAAGUUUGCUUUCUGCAACGCAGAGCGAGUUCUUUCAGCCAGUGAUGCCAAGAAAGCUUUGAGCACCAAAGAGCUCUUGAAGGAAGCGGUCAACCUGGUCAAAGUAGCAGCCCAGUGGAAGAACAUUGCUCAGACAUUGUGCGCUGAUGAGAAGAAAAAACUUGCCAUGAAGAGUCACAUGGGACACUUGGAGGCCCAUUUGAUUUCCAUUUUGCUGGACCGAAAGAAACGCCAAUAUGAAACCAUGGGCCAGGCUGCCAAGGAAUGCAUGGCUGAGUUGGUGACGGAGACAGGGGCUACAAUUCCAACACUGCCAGAUGAGUGGUCAGAUUCACCACAAGACGGAAGCUCAAAGCCGACGAAGGAUGAUCGCCCAAAGGGUCCAGCUCGUUUGGCUCAGCACAAGUACGCUGCAUCUGGAGCUUUGGAGAAUGUGGAAGAAGUUCUGGCUUCAAAGGGCUUCCAACCGGGCAUGCAAGCCACACGAGGAGAUGUGACAUGCACGAUCAGGAGAAUCACCACAUCAGACGUGGAGAUCCUGCUGGACGACCAGACGAUCAAGUUGGUGUCAGCCUCUUCAUUCCUCAAUGGGGAAUGGAAACUGAACAGCAAAACCAGCAAGGAGCAAGAGGAAGUCGAAUGGACUUCAGACCACCCAGCCACGUCCAUUGAGAUGCAGCUUCAAGUCUUGAAGGCCAAGACUAUGGUGGCUUGUUGGGAUCAGAUGCAAACAGCCAAGUGCAAAGAUGCCUUGAACUCGCUCUCUGUUUUCAAAGGACCAAGAUCAGUGACAACCAGUAAGACCUGGGCUCCAAAAAAAAUGGAGAUCCCCUGUGCAACCAACAGAGUGACCACAUGCGAAAUUGGGAAGGAAGGCCAGAAUGAGUUGGUCAUUGGUGCCUACAAGAAUUUCUACGUGUGCCUUUCUCCUGCGACCAAAAUGGGGACCUCGGAGGGCCCAUCAGGCUGUUGCAACCCCUUUUGGAUGAUCCCAAAGUCUCUGGAACCUGAUGAGGUGAAUGUUGAGGUGCACCCAAACAUGGACGUCCUGAAGAAGACGAAAUUGAGCCUUGAGCGCUCAAUCACUCUUCCGGUUAUCCGGAAUGUGGGCAAGCUUGAGAAGGAGACGUGCCUGACGAUGAUCGCGAUGAAGCGGAACAAGGAACAGGAGGUGGAACCGCUGAGGGUCAGAGCCAACAUCACUUCAGAGUGCGGUGUCCCAGAGCCAUCGGAUGCUGUCAACAGGACAUAUAGUGCUCCCAGGUCAUAUGGGCGAACUGAUCAUGCUUUGCAUGGCUAUGUGGAAGAGGUUGCAACAUACUUAAGAGUAUUUAGGACCUGGGCCAUGGCGGAUGGUGCACACGCAGAGACGGAGCCCGAAGGGAUUGAAGAAGCGAAGGAAGAGCAAGAUGUUGGCAGCUUGCCGCUGGUGAUUGAGACGGUCACCAGGGUGCAGUUGGGUGCUCGGCGGCCUUGGUUCCCUCAGUGUCAGGAAGUGGACGGCCGAACCUUCGUGACCCUCACGAAGAAUGACCCAGGCCUUUGCUUCCUCGUGACAGGAAAGGGUCAAAACCGACACCAGAAAAGAGACCCUCACAGCCUCAACGUCCAGUGGUGGGACGAUGCAAGACGCAUGCGGCAAGCCGCAUGUAGUGCUUUGGUGAAGAAGCACAUGCUCAGUGCAUUGCAGGAAGGGGAAGCUCCCCCACGAAUUCGCCACCCGCGCGAAGAUGAUAAGUGGGUGAUAUCGCGUUUGGUGGUCGUGGACUUCCCGGAGGUGGAGGCCUUUGGCAUGGCAGCCCGAGAGAUGACCAUGUUAUGGUCCAUCAGAAGCCGUGACCUGGACGUGGAGCUGGAGGAAGGCAAUCUGCGGUACAUCAUCGCAGCGUUGUCAGCUUCGGAUGCUGUAGUGAAAGCGGAGGUGGCUGCAGAACCAAAGGAGAUGGCAUCUCCGAGACGAAAAAGGCGAAGGCUGAAGAAGCGCCCGAGCGCAGAAGAGGGUGGCGAGAAAGCCGAGCGCUCCAUCAGCUCUGGUGACGAUUGCUGCAGGGUCAUUUGGUGCUGCUCUUGGGUCAUGGACGAUGGUCUUAUUAAGUGGCGUGUUGAACGCCUUGAUGGCUCGGUACGUUUGAUCCCUUUCAACGAUGUCGCAGCAACCUGGGCCAUGGAGGAUGCUGAGAAGAUUCGUAUCAAGCAGCUUCUUGAGGCCAAAGUCACGCCUGCUUGCAAGUUUCAACCAGUAAGUUCAACCUUUUGCUGCCCGAUGGCUGUGAAGGGAUUGCCGGCGGCCAAGAAGGUGUUGACCAAGAAGGCUGCAAUGAAGGUGCCAGCCAAGAAGGCGGCAAUGAAGAAGAUGCCAGCGAAGAAGGCGGCAAUGAAGAAGAUGCCAGCCAAGAAGGCGGCAAUGAAGAAGCACGCCAUGAAAUCUAUGAAGAUGUCCACGAGCCCAUGGAAUCGGAUGACAGAGAAGAAGAUGCGAGCAGACGAUGAGAAGGAACCUGCCAAGCAGCGUCGGUUUAUGUACUCCGUCAUUCGUAUGAGUGCGAAGGAGAAGAAGCGUGUCUGGAACGAAGACAUGGAUGAAUGUGUGCAGGAAUGGGUGGAGGUUCUGAGCUACAACAAGAGCUUUCGCCAACCACCGCCAUGCCCACGCAAAAAGUGGAUCCAGGGCUGUAUGGAGGAACGUGGAUGGCUGCUGUUGAAGGUGAAGCUGGCGCACAAGCCAAGUGGAUGGCUGAAGAUUGAGGCACAUCAGCUGCCGCAUUUGCACUAUGACAACAUCUCAGAGGAAAGUGCAUGCGAGCAAUUGCCCAGCAUGCUUGGUGUGAAGCUUGUCAGAGCCAACAUCACUUCAGAGCGCACAGCCCAGAGCCAUCAGCACGUGUUGUACUGUCUCAUGGCAUUCGUGCAACUUCAUUUGGAUCGCUGGAUGCUGACUCACCCUAAUGUCCGUGGAAUGGAGUUUCCCUUCAACCACAUGUUUGGGAAGCAGGACGGAUGGCGAUUUGGGGCGGCUUUCCUGUACAAGGGUGAAAUCCACUUUGCGAUGCUGACCCACCCAGAGGAUCAACCUUUUUUUUCUGAGUUGGGGAUGGUCAAACUUCGUGUGAAUGGGCUCCUGAUACUCAAGGAGUUGACAGUUCUUCAUCGUGCGCACCGGGAUGGGCAUGGCUGUGUGGAGUUUGCCAUGGUAACGCAUGCUGGGCUACAUCAGCUCGCGUGCAUUGUGAUGUACACGUUCCACCCCAGUGCCACGCAAGCCCAGGACCUAUGCGUUGAUCAACAGCUAGGACAUGGCAUAGGACAUCGUUUGCGCAUGGGGGUGCCUGGCGGCUCAAUGAUCAUAGGGGAUGUGCUGGGCGAUGUGAAGGUCUUCGAUGCAACUGCGAGAACCAUGAGGUCUUUGCAUGGCAUUGUAGGACGCUUGCACGUUGGCAUGACACAUUCCAAGGGUGUCCAUGCGGAGCAUGGCCAUGAAGAAGGUGAGGAGGAGGAGAACUCAGAUGUAGAGGAGACCGUGCACUCCUCGCCGAAGGAUGACGAUGAGGUGGAGGAGGUGUUGCCCGUGCCCGAGCCACCGAUGCCGCCGGCUCUCAUGCGGCCCCAGACCAAGAAGAUGCCGCAGAACAAGAAGAUGCCCAAGCCGCCCUGGCACCAGCAGCAGGAGGCCAGCGGGCGCCAGCAUGAUGAGCAGGGCAAGGGGGUGGUGGUGCCACAGCCACUGAUGCCGCCGCCACCACCACCUGCUGCACCACCUGCAGCGACCACGCAGGUGGUGCAGUGGUGGUGUGGAAAGAAGGAGGUCCACUACCAGGAUGGCAGGGUCUGGGUGGACGGGAAGUGGAAGGCUGCUGACGAGAUGCAGACCUACAGGGAGGGCCAAAGCACCAGAACCCGCAGCCGCACGCGGGGAGGGGCUGUCGUGCGCGCCAAAGAGACCUUCCAGCAGCUGCGCGACACCACGAGCCAGGCAUCCAGCUCGAGCAGUGGCCUGACUGCGGAAGAGCGCAUGGCGACCCUCCGCGGGGUGAACCAGCUCGCGGAUGUGCUGAAGGAGGUGGUGCUUGCAAUCUUCGAGUCAGGACCCAUGGCAUUGGCUCGAUGCUUCGAGGACCCAUGGCAUUGGGCUCGAUGCUUCGAGGGCUCGCAGAUGCUCAGUGAUCUUGAUGGCAUCCAGCGCUUCUUGGAACGGCAAAAGCAGCUGAUCUCAGAUGCAGCCACCUUCGACAAGAUGGUCGACAACCAGGUGAAGGUGUGGAUGAACCGGCUGCGUUCCUGCAAGAUCACAGCUAUAGAGGCCACCCAGCUCUCCGAAGCCUUGGCCAAUGGUCCAUGGAAAAAGGAUCAGCUAGAUACGUUUGGCAAGGUGCUUUGUGAGCAAAUGGAAGAACAUGUGGAAUUGAAGGGCAACAAAGGGAAUAAGCGACCAUCACAGGUCGUGAAGGCUUUUGCAGCCUACUUUACCGCCAAUGACAUGGAGCUCAUGGCAGACUCCAAGAAGCACAACAACACGAAGCUCGAGCUUCUUGCUGACAAAUGCGUCAAUUUGGGACUCCAUCUCCCGACAGAAAAAGUGGCCACGCACAUCGUGAAGUCGGCAGUAGACUGUAGCUUGGAUGAAGUUUAUCAUUCGCUGCGUGCAUGCAUGGUCAGUGUGAUUUUGGAUACGUGUUGGCCACUGGUUCAUUGUUUGCACAUGUUGUCUCUUCAUCAUGAGCUUACCCUGGCAAUUUGCCAAACUCUUUCAGGUGGCAUGAAGUCGGAGGAUUCGGCGACCUUUUACAAGCUGGUGAGGGAAUUCAAAGAUAUGCUCCGAAGCAAGAUCAAGCAUCUUGAGAAGGUGCCUUUGAUGCAAACGUUUCCAGACAGUCCUUUCGACCUCCCCAAAGAAGUUUUCGAUCGAGUCUUUCCUCCAGACAACCAACCGGUGCAAGAAUGCACUGCCAGCCUUGGAAUGUCUGCCGGGCUACCCAGCCGCAAGAGUCAUGGCUCUGUGAAGGGAAAAAGGAAACAGUCCUUUCCUGAAACCAUGUCCACAGCAAUGGAAGAAGCCCCCAACAUGAUGAUGCAAAUGAUGUCAAUGUUUCAAAUGAUGAUGAUGCAGCAGCAAGGCAUGAGUGCCGACUCUCUUGGGCUGGAGGUGUUUGCAAACAAAAGAUCCAAGAAGGCUCCCAAGGCCAUUAUGGACAAGCCUGCAGAAGAGCCUGGCGACAAUGAUGCUGCAGAAGGCCCAAGAGCUUCCACAAGCAGUCCGCCGACUACUACGCCUAGACAGAGUGCUCCCCAGAAAACACCAGAGAGCGCACAGAGUACACCGCCUGCGCCAGCAAAGCAGCUCUUUGCGACGUCCCCUGAGGGGACCAAGAGUCCAGAAGACUAUGUUGCAAACUUGCAAGCUGCCUUGAAGAGCCGUGAGAAAAGCAAGGCACAGCAGAAGAAAGACAACAGGCAAGAUGAUGAAGAGGAAGAACCUGUGAUGAAAAAGCCUGCGGCAAAAGCGAAGAGCAUUGCCAAGAAGACGGAAGAAGAAAAAGAAAGCAAAGAAGUGGACAGUGCUUCUGUGAAAAAGACUGCAGCCAAAGCCAAGGCCGCUGCGAAGAGCGCCCCAAAGGCGUCAGCAGGCAAGGCCAAACCGAAGGCGGCUGUCAAGAGCGCGGCCGCAGAGCCACCGAGGGAAGGCGCCUCCGAGCUGCCAAACCCACCAGUGCCGUGGAACGGCACAUUCUUCUGGCUCGAGGGCAAAGUGCAUCGCAACCCAGCGGCCACUUGUUGGCGAGUGUUCAUCAACAAAUCAGACAGGAACGACAAGAAAGUCAAGUUCGGAGAUGAUGAGGUCGCAUCAUUUCACAAGGCACUCCGGUUGAUCGAAGAUGGGAUUGCCCUUCGGAAACGCGCUGAGGUGGCAGAGAAUGUGGAUUAG